GGCUUUCAUCCUUGAUCUUUCUCUUCUUUCUUCACCAGGGAAGUGAGGACUCUUUGGAGCGACCUCUUGGAUGCAGUAAGGAAACCAAUAAUAGAGGGAGAAGACAUCCUCUCGGGGCGAUGAUCUUGCUGAAUUCUUGACUUCACUUACAGAUAACAAAGGAAUAAAGAAGAGUCGAGUCUCUGUAUUGCAAUUUCAGACUGCUCUGAGUCCCCUUCAGGGUGAGAAGAGGGGUAUAAAAACAGUGAAUAAUUAAUUAAUUAAUUAAACACCCAUAUCACUGUUGACAUGGAGGAGAAAGCAUUUCAAUGCCUGGAGUGUGGAAAGAGUAUCACUAGGAGAUGCUAUCUGCAGCAACAUGCAAGGACUCACACUGGGGAGAAACCCUAUGAAUGCCUGGAGUGUGGAAAGAGCUUCACUCAGAGCUCAAGUCUACGUUUACAUCAAAGGACCCACACUGGGGAGAAACCCUAUGAAUGCCUGGAGUGUGGACAGAGAUUCACUCAUAGUGGAAGUCUACGUAAUCAUCAAAGGACUCACACUGGGGAGAAACCGUAUACAUGCCUGGAGUGCGGACGGAGCUUCUCUUAUAGUUCAGUUCUCAGUUUCCAUCAAAGGACUCACACUGGGGAAAAACCCUAUGAAUGCUUGGAGUGUGGGAAGAGAUUCACUCAGAUUUCGGGUCUACAUUCCCAUCAAAGGACUCACACUGGGGAUAAACCAUACACAUGCCUGGAAUGUGGACAGAGCUUCACUAAUAGUGGAAGUCUACGUUCCCAUCAAAGGACUCACACUGGGGAAAAACCCUAUACAUGCCUUGAGUGUGGACAGAACUUUGUUCGUAGUUCAGGUCUACGUUCACAUCAAAGAACUCACACCAGGGGAAAAAUCUAUACAUGCCUUGAGGGUGGACAGAGCUUCACCUAUAGUUCAGGUCUACAUUCACAUCAAAGAGCUCACACUGGGGGGAAACCCUAUACAUGCCUGGAGUGUGGAAAGAGCUUCACUCAAAGUUCAAGUCUACGUAAACAUCAGAGGACUCAUACUGGAGAAAAACCCUAUACAUGCCUUGAGUGUGGACAGAGCUUCACUCAUAGUGGAAGUCUGCUCUCCCAUCAAAGGACUCACACUGGGGAGAAACCCUAUGAAUGCCUGGAGUGUGAAAAGAGGUUCACUAAUAGUUCAGGUCUACGUUUACAUGAAAGGACUCACACUGGGGAGAAACCUCAUACAUGCCUGGACUGUGGAAAGACCUUCGCUCAUAGUGGAAAUCUACGUUCGCAUCAAAGGACGCACGCUGGGGAGAAACCUUAUGAAUGCUUGGAGUGUGGAAAGAGGUUCACUAAUAGUUCAAGUUUAACUAAUCAUCAUAGGACGCACACUGGGGAGAAACCCUAUAAAUGCCUGGAGUGUGGACAGAGCUUCUCUUUAAGUUCAUGUCUACGUUCCCAUCAAAGGACUCACACUGGGGAGAAACCCUAUGAAUGCUUGGAGUGUGGGAAGAGGUUCACUCAGAUUGCAAGUCUACGUUUACAUCAAAGGACUCACAAUGGGGAGAAACCGUACACAUGCCUGGAAUGUGGAAAGAGCUUCACUCAGAAAGGAAAUCUGCAUUCGCAUCAAAGGUCUCAUACUAGAGAGAAACCCUAUGCAUGUCUGGAGUGUGGAAAGAGCUUCACUCAUAGGGGAAAUCUACAUUUGCAUCAAAGGACUCACACUGGGGAGAAACCCUACACGUGCCUGGAGUGUGGAAAGAGCUUCACUCAGAGAGGAAAUCUACAUUCACAUCAAAGGACUCACACUGGGGAGAAACCCUAUAACAUGCCUGGAGUGUGGCCAGAGCUUCACUCAGAGGAGACCUAUAUAGACAUCAAAGGACUCACACUGGGGAGAAGCUCUAUGUUGGAGCAUGCAAGCAAUCAGUGAGCCUGUGUUUAUAUUUAUCGUGUCAGGCAACCAAACAGUUGUAUUACUUUUUUGACAGAACAAACAAACAAACAUACAAGAGACACAGAGUUUGCAAGCUUGGUAUUCUAUUAAAUGUCCUUUGACCAGUAUCUGUCCCCUUGGAGUGCCUCUGGUGUUGCCGCAAGGAGGUCCUCCAUCAUGCAUGUGGCUGGGCUCAGGAUGCAUUGCAGCAGGUGGUCAGUGGUUUGCUCUUCUCCACACUCGCAUGUCGUGGAUUCCACUUUGUGGCCCCAUUUCUGAAGGUUGGCUCUGCAGCUCAGUGAGUCUAUGUGUGUCAACUGUAAAAUGAAGCUGAUUGGUUGGGCAAUGCCCCAGGUGAUGGCUGAGCUUAGAACUUUAGGAUACUGUUGCAUCUUUGUUCAGGCUUAAGCUAUGGAGGUGCAGAGAGAUAAAGAGAGAGAGAGACUGAUUUGCUUCUUGGCUGCUGAAAGAAGGUCUCUCAUAUGUAUAAAUAUGUGAGAGGAAGCCACAGGGAGGAAGGAGCAAGCUUGUUUUCUGCUGCCCUGGAGACUAGGACGCAAUGGAACAAUGGCUUCAAACUACAAGAGAGGAGAUUCCAUCUGAACAUGAGGAAGAACUUCCUGACUGUGAGAGCCGUUCAGCAGUGGAACUCUCUGCCCUGGAGUGUGGUGGAGGCUCCUUCUUUGGAAGCUUUUAAACAGAGGCUGGAUGGCCAUCUGUCGGGGGUGAUUUGAAUGCAAUAUUCCUGCUUCUUGGCAGAAUGGGGUUGGACUGGAUGGCCCAGGAGGUCUCUUCCAACUCUUUGAUUCUAUGAUUCUAUGAUAUGGAUACAGAAAGGACCAUUUUAAAUAUCUCAUAAAAGCACAUUUAGUGAGUUGAUGCAACUGAUCAUGUUGUACAUAUGUUGCUCUGAAUUAAGAAGAGCAAAAUUUUUGUUGUUUAUUCGUUCAAUUGCUUCCGACUUUUCGUGACCUUAUGGACCAGCCCAUGCCAGAGCUCCCUGUCAGCCGUGCCCCCCCCCCCAGCUCCUUCAGAGUCAAGCCAGUACCUUCAAGGAUACCAUCCAUUCCACCUUGCCCCUUGGUCGGCCCCUCUUCCUUUUACCUUCCCCUUUCCCCAGCAUCAUUCUCUUCUCCAUGCUUUCCUGUCUCCUCAUUUUGUGGCCAAAGGACUUCAACUUUGUCUCUAGUCUCCUUUCCUCCAAUGAGCAGCCAGGCUUUCUUUCCUGGAGGAUGGUCUGGUUGGAUCUUCUCGUGGUCCAAGGCACUCUCAGAAUUUUCCUCCAACACCACAAUUCACCACCCCCAGCUCCUUCAGACACAGUUCACAUUUUGAACUUCAGAUACAGU